UAUAGCAACAACAGCAAACGCAGCAGAAAGUCCUUUCGGAGACGAACAUAGCAUCGACAACUGGACAUGCCCGAAGUGUAACUUACAGGGGAGCACAUCACCCGAGCGCGUGGAAAAUCUCAAGCGGACCGGUCGCUAUUACUUUGAUUGCGAGUCGCCAAUUUGUGGCGUUAAGCUUGUUGCCAAAAGGGGGAAGGAUACCACAAAAGGUAACUCACACCUUGGCUGUACUGAUCUUGCGUAUGCUGACUGGGAUUGCAGUCAAGAUAGAGGAACUCCCAGAACCUGCGGUGGAGGGCAUACCAACGAUACAUGAGAUGGCGAAGAAGGGCUGGACAAAGAGCAAGCAAUACGUCCGCAAGACAGGAAGAGCUCUCGAGCGCGGUUUUGGCAAAUGGACCGGACUCAUAUCCGACACCGAUACCAACAUCUCUGACAAUGCAACAGCGCGGCGUCCGAGUGAGCCUCUGAAGCCGAAUCCGCUGCGCAAACAUGGUGUGGUAUCACGGACGGCCGCCACAUAUCCGGGACGUCGCAAGCACACCACACUGACACCAACUGAGAUGGGGAGGCUCAAAUCCGAAUCACGAUCCGGCAGUGCUCACGCGGCUCCAUCGACAUCUCAGCCUGCGCAGAAUGGUAGUGGAGUUUCCGCUUUGAGCAACCGCAACAAUUCAAUCAACCGCUGCAUCUCGGCAUAUCCCCUGAACAUGACCAUUGCACAAUCGCAGGCACAUGUCUCCCAGCAGAGCCGUGCGACGAACGCUAACUUGUCCCUGCGCUGUCAAAUUUGUUCAUUAUGGUUCCCUGGCUUCAAUUCCCUACGAAAGCAUAAUGAGCAGCAUCAUCGCGGCCAGGGAGGCAGUCAGCCAGCCAAGAAAGACAGCGAAGUGGUAGCAGACCCCUCUGUUGGAGAAGACGCUGACGAGGAGUUGUUUGUUGAGUGCAAGAUUGCCGGAUGUUCGGAAACGUUUAGCUCAGACGAACUACGCAUGAAGCAUCAAGCGGGGAAGCACCUUGGCGAGCUCGAGGAAGUUUUCUCGUGUAGGAUAUGCUGGGCCAAUUUUCCAAACGAGACCUCCUGGCGCAGACACGAGGUGGCGGCGCAUCCCGACCCUGAGUACCGACCCUGAGGUCAAAUUUUGAUGGGUUUAGGGUACUGAAGAGCUCCAGAUCAGACGAUUGUCCCUGGACUGAGCACCCAUCCGGUCCAGUAAUUGCGUGCGUGAACAAAGUGUCUAGACGAGUAGAGAAUAUAAUAUCGCCAAACGGUCCAAUUGAUUGUGCCAUGCUCG